CCACUUGCAAGUUAAGUGUCCAUGUAAAGCUAGCUAAUUAUCAAUAUUUCGUAUGGAAGAAGUAGGAGAUUAUUUUAAUGCAUAAGGUUAUCCUUUUAAACGUGAUUUAUUGAAUAUAUAAAAGAUCAUGCCAAGUUAUAUAGUGGUUGACGUAGAGACAAGAAAAGUAAUUAUAACAUGUACGGUUACAGGACUUGUUAUGUUUGCAAUAGGAAUCGGAAUUGGUUACGCUUCCGGUAAAGGUUCAUCAAAUACGGAAUCACCAACUGCAAGCGUUGCCGAAGCAAUACGUGCUACGUGUAGCGGUUCUGCUGCUCAGACGUCCUCUGGAAAACUUUACUUUGACCGAUUUGUACAAAGACACAGUGAAAAGUAUGCAUGUGUUAAAACAGAGGAAGAAUGCUGGAACUUGGGAUUGCCAAGAAAUUAUAUUGCUUACCACUUGAAUGGCAAAACAAUCACGAUUGAUGGGAAAUUAGACGAUGACGCUUGGAAAGAGGUGCCGUGGAGCGAAACUUUCGUUGACAUGCGAAGUUCAGUUUAUCCAAAACCAUAUCUAGAUACGAAGUUCAAAAUACGUUGGGACGAUGAACGAAUGUAUAUAGGUGUUUAUGUACAAGAAAAUAAUUUAUGGGCGACAAUUACCACACAAGACGCGGCGAUCUAUAAAGAAAAUGGCGUCGAAUUUCUUAUGGACGUAGAUGGGUCUUUGUUCAAUUUCAAACAAAUGCAGAUAAACGUCUUGGGUACAAUGAUGGACCAACUGUUCUAUAAAUCAUCUUGGGAUAGCCCUGAUGUACAGGUGAAGUUCAAGGACUGGCAUCCUGACGUAAGGAAAGCAGUUUACACAGACGGUACUGUAAAUACACCAGGUGACGAAGACAAAUACUGGAGUAUUGAAGUCUCGCUUUUGUUUGCGAAACUUGGUGAAAGGUCACAACGCGCGCAGCCAAAUCCCGUCGAGAACGAGGCUUGGUUUAUACAAUUAGGAAGAUCUGAACAAAAUUUGACAGUUGAGAAUGGGCGCUACAAAAAAGUUCCAAGAUCUAAACCACAGUGGUGGUCAUGGCAACAAUGUGACACCAUUAAUUUACUUUUACAAGAUCGCUGGGGUUUGGUGCAGUUCAAGAAAAACUUGUCAGACAAGAAGUUUCGAUUUGAUAGAUGGCAUAUUUACAAAGCCUUGUUUGAUAUGAAGGACGCUAUGAAGAAAUUUCAAUCUGUAAAUGGGAAGUACACGACUGACAUAGAAGAGCUUGAUGUUCCGCCAUAUUUAUUGUCAGGAACUUGCGUUGAAGUUCCCGAAGUAAAGUAUACUUACAGAAAUAACGAAACGGCAUUCAACCCGGUUACAAAUCCUAUUACAGGUUUUGAGGUAACCGUUAAGUCGAAGUUGAUUUCACAUAAACCGGCACACAUCCGGUCGGAUAGAUACGUUACAUUCCAGUAACUCUAAACCAACGUGUAGCAGAAAAAUUUCAAACAUUUUCAGAUAGACGCUUGUUCAAUUUAUGUCUGCCAUUUGGUUCCCAUUCGGUCAUAUUUUACUUAUUGCGUUGUAUAUAUAAAUAACAAAGUUUUAUUCUUUCAAUUAAUGAACAUAUUAUUAUUCUUUUGUUGACCAACAUUGUUGACGGAAACAUAAGUAUGUUGACCAAUAUUAUUUCACUUAGAUAUAAUCAAGUACAACCUCUGCAAAGAAAGAAAAACACUUUGGAAAGCAACGAUUUUGUUGUUGGUGUUGUUAAAAGUUAUGAAAUAAGUUAUAGAUACCCAUAAAAUAAAAAUACCUAUAUGUCAUAUGUUUUAGCAACCUAUAUAAUAUAUAAGUUAUAUAUACAUAUAUGCCAUAAGUUAUAGAUACCUAUAUUUUAUAAAUACUUACAUGUUUUAAAUUAUAGAUACCUUUUUUAUGAGUUCAAGAUAUCUAUUUGUUACAAGUUAUAGAUAUCUUUUAUAUAAGUUAUAGAUACAUAUAGUUUAUAAGUUAUAGAUAUGUAAAUGUCACAAGAUAUUACAAAUGUAUAUUUUCUAUGUUAUAGAUGUCUGUAAGUUCUUUGUUAUACGUGAAACAGAGGCUAUAGUUUGAAUAUGGCCCCUGCACCGUAGGGGUUGAAGUACAUUGUAGUUUUACCAUGAACAUUUUGAUGCUUACAGAUGCAUUAUGUAAUGAUUCAAACACACUUGAUAGUGGUCUAGUAAACAAUGUUAAUCACCAAAUAUAAAACCUUAAGACCAUACAAUUUUGGGACCAUUUGAAAAUUUCAUAGCACUUUAUGCACAGAAAACUUAAAUAACAAUUCAUACAGAAAAACUUGUAAUAGCGCUUCUUGCAAGGAUAUAAAAUUAAAAGCACUUCAUGCAAGGAAAAAUUUUAAUAGCAUUUCAUGCAAGGAAAUAUUUAUAGCACUUCACGCAAAGAACAUUUCAGACAAGUUUCAUCAGAUUUGCACCAGUGGAGAAUGUGCCAUUUGAAACAAUUGUAGAAAAAUCUGGAAGAAUGGUGAUCCCUUGGAAGCAUUUAUCACAACUCAAUGUAAUGGAAGUUACAGACGGACAGACAAACGACGGACAGCUAUCAAUCCUAAGUCUUUGCCAUGAACAUCAUGCGCUCAGGUGAAGACACCAUCAUGGAGAUAUAUUAUAUAUGUAUAUGUGUUCGUUUAUCCUGCCGCUCGGCUAACUUUAAUGAUUGGCCAAAUUAAUUGUAUUGUUCGGCUCGAUUAAUUGUUUAAUCUUGGUGUUUCUAAUUAAAUUAUACCCUGUGAUAAACACUUGUGUGUUGCUAUUCUAACUAUCUACAAAUAAAUUAUAUGGAUAAGUUUCUUUGUGCAUCGGCUAUGUAAUUAUCACGAGUGCUGUAAGACUAUAAAAAGAGUUGGUCAUCUUUAUAGUUGUGGAGUAUUCAGUUCAGGCUUUGAUUGGAAUAUAAACAGCUAUCAUGCCAAGUUAUAUCGUUGUUGACGUAGAGACAAGAAAAGUAAUUAUAACAUGUACGGUUAUAGGACUUGUUAUGUUUGCAAUAGGAAUUGGAAUCGGUUUUGCUUCCGGGAAAGGUUCUUCAAAUACUGAGUCACCAACUGCAAGCGUUGCCGAGGCAAUACGUGCUACUUGUAGCGGUUCUGCUGCUCAGACGCCUUCAGGAAAACUUUACUUCGACCGAUUUGUGCAAAGACACAGUGAAAAGUAUGCAUGUGUUAAAACAAAGGAAGAAUGCUGGAACUUGGGAUUGCCAAGAAAUUAUAUUGCUUACCAUUUGAAUGGCAAAACAAUCACGAUUGAUGGGAAAUUAGACGAUGACGCUUGGAAAGAGGUGCCGUGGAGCGAAACUUUUGUUGACAUGCGCAGUUCAGUUUAUCCAAAACCAUAUCUUGAUACGAAGUUCAAAAUACGUUGGGACGAUGAAAGAAUGUAUGUAGGUGUUUAUGUACAAGAGAAAAAUUUAUGGGCGACACUUACCUCACAAGACGCGUCGAUCUGGAAAGAAAAUGGCGUCGAAUUUCUUAUGGACGUGGAUGGCUCAUUGUUCAAUUUCAAACAAAUGCAGAUAAACGUCUUGGGUACAAUGAUGGACCAACUGCUAUAUAGAUCUCCAUGGGAUGGUUGGGAUCCAAGUAUAAGUGUAAUGGACUGGCAUCCUAACGUAACGAAAGCAGUUUACACAGACGGGUCUAUAAAUACCCCGGGUGAUGUGGACAAAUAUUGGAGUAUUGAAGUCUCGUUUUUGUUUACGAAACUAGCCGAGAGGUCACAGCGCGCGCAACCAAAGCCCGCCGAGAACGAGGUUUGGUUUAUACAAUUAGGAAGGUCUGAACAAAAUUUGACAGUUGAGAAUGGGCGCUACAAAAAAGUUCCAGAAUCUAAAACGCAGUGGUGGUCAUGGCAACAAUGUGACACCAUUAAUUUACUUUUACAAGACCGCUGGGGUUUGGUGCAGUUCAAGAAAAACUUGUCAAGCAAGAAGUUUCGAUUUGAUAGAUGGCAUAUUUACAAAGCCUUGUUUGAUGUGAGGGACGCUAUGAAGAAAUUUCAAUCUGUAAAUGGCAAAAAUACAACUAACAUAGAAGAGCUGGAUGUCCCGCCAUAUUUAUUGUCAGGAACUUGCGUUGAAGUUCCCGAAAUAAAGUAUACUUACAGAAAUAAUGCAACAGCAUUCAACCCGGUUACAAAUCCUAUUACAGGUUUUGAGAUCACCGUUAAGUCAAAGUUGAUUUCACAUAAACCGGCUCACAUCCGGUCGGAUAGAUAUGUCACAUUCCAGUAACUCUAAACCAAUAUACCAACUUUUCGGCCCUUUCUGUCAGUCUUUGGAUAAGGAUUAUUAUGAAUAAUAGCCGAGGUGUUUCCGAUUGCCAACAUUAAGCAGAAAUGAUCGACAAUUUCUAUAAAGACAAAUUUUAUGUUUCUUUAUCUUAUCGACAGUAUAUAAUUCUGCAGCAAAAACAUUCCCGAUAUAGUGAUAUUCUAGUUAUCACAUUUUUCAUAAA